AUGAGCCUGCCGAGCUCUGGUGUAGAUAAUGUAUCUGUGUAGCCUGUGAUUUACACCUGCGAUGAUCUAAUGCAAAGCAAUAAAAACAAUUCUCUUAAAGCCAUAAACCUGUCCGGUUAUGUGAUGCACAGACGCUUUAUUUGCACUAUCAAAGCGACAUCAAGAUUAAAUUUGUGGAGAUUAUACUUGAACAGUCAUUGAACGGAUAUUGUGUUUCCUUUCUUCGGGUCGGGACUGGUGGAGCUUGCAUCGGGCCUUCAUGCAGUGAUGGAGCAGCUAUUAUUUCUUGUAAUUUUCUACUUCCUUCCUACUCUCAUCUUGUCUAUACAUAAUUCAACGACUGGAGGAUGUGCAAUAAUUCGUCCACCCAGAGAUGGAGGGAUACGCUACAGAGGACUGACUCAGGAACAGAUCCGCAGUGUGCAGAUAUUGCCGUUGGACUAUGAGAUCGAAUACAUCUGUAGAGGAAGCAGAAUUAUUGUAGGGCCUAAGGUCCGAAAGUGCCUCCUCAAUGGCACCUGGACUGACAUGAAUCAGCUCAGCAGAUGCUUAUUGGUUUGCCCGCGGUCAUGGAUGUCUCUUGAGAAUGGGAGGGUGGCGCUGCAUCCUCCUGGACAACCAGUAGAGGGCACAGUUCUUCAUUACAGAUGCCAUGCUGGCUUCCUGUUGGAGGGUUUCAACAUCUCUCACUGCACUAAGCUGGGCAAAUGGGACUCGCCUAAACCAUUCUGUGUGUAUGACAGGAACUAUACAGGCAAGAAGAAACUGUACAUCGGAGCUCUGUUCCCCAUGAGUGGAGGAUGGCCUGGUGGUCAAGCGUGUCUCCCUGCAGCCCAGAUGGCGUUAGAUCUUGUGAACAACCGGAGCGACAUUCUACCGGACUACGAGCUGGAGCUCAUUCAUUACGACAGCAUGUGUGAUCCAGGAGAGGCCACUAAGCUGCUGUAUGAUCUACUAUACACAGAGCCGAUAAAGAUCGUCCUGAUGCCAGGCUGCAGCUCCGUGUCUACGCUGGUGGCUGAGGCAGCACGCAUGUGGAAUCUCAUAGUGUUCUCGUACGGUUCUAGUUCUCCAGCCUUAUCUAACCGACAGCGCUUUCCCACUUUCUUCCGUACGCACCCGUCAGCAACUUUGCAUAAUCCCACCCGUGUGCGGCUCUUCCAGAAGUGGGGAUGGACAAAGAUCGCUACAAUCCAGCAGACCACUGAAGUCUUUACCUCGACGUUGGAUGAUUUGGAAGAGCGGGUGAAGGAGGCCGGCAUUGAGAUAAGCGUGAGACAGAGCUUCCUCACUGAUCCCGCAGUGGCUGUCAAAAACCUGAAGCGACAAGAUGCCAGAAUCAUUGUCGGUCUCUUUUACGAGACGGAAGCCAGGAAGGUGUUUUGCGAGGUCUUCAAAGAGAAAAUCUAUGGUAAGAAGUAUGUUUGGUUCCUCAUCGGCUGGUAUGCAGACAACUGGUUUAAGAUCAAGGAUCCAGCAAUUAACUGCACAGUGGAGAACAUGACGGAAGCUGUGGAAGGGCAUGUCACCACUGAAAUCGUGAUGCUAAACCCGGAGACUGUCCGUGGCGCCUCCAACCUGACAUCCCAAGAGUUCCUGGCCCAGCUGAUGUCACGUCUCGGAGGGAAGAACCCAGAAGAAACAGGUGGAUUUCAGGAAGCUCCAUUGGCAUAUGACGCAAUGUGGGCCCUUGCACUAGCACUAAAUAAAACUGUGGCCCCUUUGAGGGCCAAAGACUGGGCAUUAGAGGACUUCAACUACAACAACAAGGAAAUCACUGCUGAGAUAUACCGAGCCCUCAACACAAGCUCGUUUGAAGGAGUCUCUGGUCACGUGGUGUUUGACGCUCAGGGUUCACGUAUGGCCUGGACUCUUAUUGAGCAAUUGCAAGGUGGCAGCUACAAGAAGAUUGGAUACUAUGACAGCUCAAAAGGCAACCUGUCGUGGUACGGAAAUGACAAAUGGAUCGGCCUCGGCCCACCGGCAGACCAGACCAAGGUUAUUGAAGAGUUCCGUUAUCUUUCCCAGAAGCUCUUUGUGUCUGUAUCUGUUUUUGCCAGUCUGGGAAUACUUCUAGGCAUAGUUUGCCUUUCCUUCAACAUAUACAACAGCAGUGUCAGGUACAUUCAGAAUUCUCAGCCCUAUCUGAACAACAUGACUGCAGUGGGUUGUGUGCUGGCGCUGGCUGCUGUCUUUCCCCUGGGCAUCGACGGACUCCAUAUCCAUAGAUCACAAUUCCCUGUUGUGUGCCAGUUUCGCCUGUGGCUACUUGGUCUUGGCUUCAGUUUAGCCUAUGGCAGCAUGUUCACCAAGAUCUGGUGGGUUCACACUGUCUUCACCAAGAAAGAUGAGAAGAAAGAGAAAAGGAAGCACUUGGAUCCAUGGAAGCUAUAUGCAACUGUUGCAGUUCUGCUGGCGAUUGAUGUAAUCUCUCUGCUUAUCUGGCAAAUCAUGGACCCCUUGCACAUCACUGUGGAGAAGUUUACUAAAGAGGCUCCUAAAGAAGAUCUAGAUGUGUUGAUUCAGCCUCUUCUUGAGCACUGCAGUUCAGAGAAGAUGAACACGUGGCUUGGUGUUGUGUAUGGCUACAAGGGACUUCUGCUGCUGCUGGGGAUCUUUCUGGCCUAUGAGACAAAGUCAAUCUCCACAGAAAAGAUUAAUGACCAUAGAGCGGUUGGCAUGGCCAUCUACAAUGUAUCUGUGCUGUGUAUGAUUACUGCUCCAGUGACAAUGAUCCUCUCCUCUCAGCAGGAUGCUUCAUUUGCGUUUGCCUCCCUGGCCAUCAUUUUCUCUGUCUAUAUCACUCUUGUGGUGCUCUUUGUGCCUAAGAUACGACGUUUGAUCACUCGUGGCGAAUGGCAAUCAGAGCAGCAGGACACACUUAAAACCAGCUCCUCCACCAACAACAACGAUGAAGAGAAAUCACGCCAGCUGGAGCGUGAGAACAGGGAACUCCAGAAGAUCAUUCAAGAGAAGGAAGAAAGGGUGACAGAACUACGGAGUCAACUUGCAGAGCGUCAGGCCUUGCGUUCUCGUAGGCGCCAGUCAGUCCUGAAUCAGAACCAGAACCACAGCGUCCAAACAUCUCAGGUGGAUCCCCCUAGCUACUCCCCCGCUACAGACAAACAAUCUCUGCCUCCUUCCUUCUCCAAUUCCUCCAACCUCUACCAGGGCGAAGGCAAACUGAGUCGAAACAACUGCCACAACAGCCGUUUGCCCCUGCUGUAUAAAUGAUCCAGGUGUUCUGUAUGGUGCAAAUGUAUAUCUAGUAACCUGUAGCUUAAGGACACUCUUUAUUUCUAAGUUGGCAGGUUUAUGACUCAACGUUUGGCUUCCUGACUUUCCACGACAUUCCUAUUUGUUUACUUUUGAUAGCUCAAGAAUUCUGGAAAUGAUUUAAAAUGCUUUCACUGUAUGAAUCUUUUUCCACUCCAACUAUGUGUAGAUACCCAUUAAGCUUUCUAACUUUCCUUGAGGGCUGGAUGGGGCUAACUCAAAAGUAAUGGAUCUGAACUGCUGUUUGCAUGCUUUGAAGUUCUGAGCAGGAGUAAGUCCAAAAGAGAUGAGUUACUUAAUUCACGUUUGAGUUUUGUCAUUAUUGUGCCCUUGAGCGUAGCACUUAAAUCUGAGUUCUUCUAGAGGAACUGGAAUUGGACCGUUGUAAAUCCCUUUGGAACACUUGGACAAGGGUGUUUAGAAAGUUUUACUGAGGUGCUGGAGCCAGACCCGGUCAAAGGUUUCUUUGAUAUAUUUUCUUCAAGUGUCAGUGGAAGAAGACCGUGUCUGAAGAAGAGCAUACCUUUGUGCUUCACUUAACAUUUGAAAAGACUAGCUGAGUGUCACUUUAAUGAGACAGGCCUUGCAUUGCGGCAACUCUGUAUCUGAUGAAUUGCUCGUUCUCAUCCAGAUCACACAGGAAAUGAGACAAGGUUUUAGCUGAACCUGUGAUUUACGUACUCCUAAAGGUAUUUGACCUGAGUCUGGUCGAUACUCUAUUUUUCUCAUAUGCUUUUUCUCCUCUAAUCCCUAAGGCUGUGUGCCAGUGUGCUUUAAUGGCUUUUCUGUCCUUGUAUCACCCUCUUUUGCUCACAUUUUUUACAGCCACUGUAGUAGAAGUGGAGUAGAAUGAAAUGGAAGUAAAUGAAGUAAGGGUGCUUUAUAUUGGCCUGGAAUAUAUAAGAAAAGUGUUGGAUUGUUUUCCAUUUAUUAGGGUACAGUCAUAUCGCUAUAUUAACCUGAGCAAAUCAUCAAUAAUGGCUUUUUUUGUUUGUCAAAUCAUCUUAGACAUUGUGAUUUGUGUGUAAUUCACAGUUCAUGUGAAAAAUAAGCACAGGCCUCAAAAAAGCUUCUGCACUUCCAGGGGAAUUUUUGUAGACACCACAGAGCCUGGAGCUGGUGCCACUAACCCUAUUUUAUAAAAAAAAAAUUCUAAUAUGAAUUUUUUUAUUUAGUUAUUUUUGUUUUUGGUGAUGUCACUGUUGCUGAGUUCUGACAGUGGAAAGUUGUCUCCGGUAACUAGCUGCCCGGCCAGUUUAAUUUUCUUAUCCCAAAUUCAAGAGCAGUACUUGGUCUGUGUAAUACUAUAUAUGUUUUAUGUUUAUUUAUUUAUUUAUUUAUUAUUUGUUUGUUUAUAUAUUACAUAUUAUAUUUUUUUAUCAUUUACAGAUGGUUUUAAAAAUCUUUUUGUGCCUCCUACAAAUUGUAGUAGACAAAUGAUUCCUCUACACAAUUGUUGCAUUGUAUUAUUGGUAAAUGUUCACAAAUAUAAACAAAUAUACUCUUUUGUAAACAUUUUAAAUCAUAUUUAUGCCACUCUGUGACAUUUAAAUGGAUCAAUAUUAUGUAUUCCGAAUCCUCUAGCAGAUAUGACAUAAACACUGGCACAAAUCACAUACUACAGUAUAACCAUAACAGGUUAAUGUGUGAAAAAAUGAUUGACUCUCUUCUCCUAUUUGCAAUUAAAAAUUGGGUCAAUGCUUAGAAUUUUGUACUUGUUGACAAUCACUAUGUACAGUAUAUUUACAUUAACUGCAAUGUUAUAGGUUAAUUUUCUAUGAUAAGACAAUCACUUUAUUUUACUUUAAUGUUUUCAAAAUAAUACAAUAUAUGGAAAUUUUUAUUUAAGACAGUAUGUGUACAUUGUUGCAUGUUUCAUUCUUGUAUUUUAUCAUUGAGUAGUACUUAAGUGUAUAUACUACCAAGUAACGAGCAAUUAUUCACAGUUGGCGAGCUGGACAACUAAGCAUAGUACAGGGCACUGUUUUCCCUCUAGUAUAAGCAUUCUAGUAAUGUAGCUCAGGGUGUGUGACUAUAUAUUCUAACACUUGGCACACAGUAAAGGUACAAUCUGUAAUGACUGAAACAGUGCCUUUUGAUCUGAUAGAAGUGGUUCUACUUUGUAAACAUCUGGGCUGAGUGACCACUAACAGAUAUGGUAGACUUGUUGUUAUUCGAAAGCAUCUAUUUCUCUAAAUUACGGAUUUCCCUUUAAAAUGUACUGAUUGAUUGUCAGGAGUGUGCACUAUACAACAAGAAAAAUUUGAAUUUCCUUGUCAUUUUUAAAGGAUAAAAAUGAGCAUGUAUGUAUGUAAGUUAAAGAUGUUGUAAGCGAUUUUAUCUGUUAUGGAACAUCCACAAGACUGAGACAUUGAAUGAAAACACACGACCCUCCAAAGAAAGCAUUGAGACUGACACCAAACAGUAGAGCAGCAUGUCUUCUCAGCUGACAACUGUUAUGAAUCUGAAUAUAGCAUUAAACCUGAAUGAUCCACUUCAACUGCUACACUAUUUGAAUGCACAAAAUGAUUGACAGCAGAAAGCACAUCAAAGUCUUGUUCUGAUUGGCUGAUCAAAGAAUGUGACCGUGGCCUGCAGUCACAUUUUUGUUUACUGUUAGCACAGUCAAGUCCUUUCACUGAGGCUGAUGAGAUAUCUUAGAACACUUUAUUUCCAUGAUAUCUUUCAGGGAGAAGGAACAUUUUCUGUAUACAAUUCCAUAAAAAUUUGAAUCGCUUACAGCACCUUUAAGAUUAAAAUUUUUCUCUAAAUAUGCAAACUUUCUGGAUUUCAAUAUUCAAUAAACUCAUUAUUUU